AUGAGGCCCACAACCCUCCUUCCCCCAGCUCUCCUCCUGCUCAUCCACUCCGCCUCCGCCACCUUCUCCCUCAACGACACCGGUCCCUACUGGUCCUACACCGCGCGGCAACUAUCCCCCACCACGGACCGGAAAUGCUUGACGGCCUACUCGGCCCCGAUCGCCUGCACGGAAACCCUCCUCGGCCUCGUGACCUCUCUGCGCCCGGGUUUCCAACCCACACGAGACGACCUCUCAUCCAUGUGUACGCUGGGCUGUAAGAGCGCGCUUGAAGAUUACGUGCAGAAUGUGGGCUCGGCAUGCGGGGCGAAAGGGGAUCUGGCCACGCAGCAGGCGGUCAAGUCGGGGAAAAACAACACGUACGUGCACGUGUGGGUUGUGGGGCAAAUGUUCGAAUACACCUAUGCGCAAUCGUGCGCGAAAGACGGAACCAACAACUUCUGCCCCCUAACCUCCACCACCCUCCCCUCCGCCGCCGCCAACUGCUCCUCCCCCUGCUCCGUCGCCUUCUACACCAACGCCCACGACUUCGCGCCCGCGUCGCAGAAGCAGUUCCAGGACUCGUACCUCGCGACGCAGACGGCGUACUGGAUCAAGCGGUUCAACCUGGGCUACAGGGCCCUGGUGGCCUGCGGGGAAGCGGUCGGGAACGCCAAUCGGACGGAGAGCGCGGGCGCGGGCUUCGCUCCUCGGCCGACGGGGGCGGCGACGGGAGGUUUGACGGGGGGUGGGGUUGCGGCGGUGGUUACGGCGACGACGGGUUCGCCUGCUGGGACAAGUGCGGGUUCGGCGGCGACGGUGACGGUGGCGGAGAGUGGGAGGAGUGGUGGGAGUGUGCUGGAGGUUGACGUGAAGACUGCGAUAGCGCUGGGCGUUCUGGGCUUGGUUGCCGCCGCCGUUUUGUCAUGA